UUUGCAGCAGAGCAAGUAUUUAUGAAAAGUAUGGAACUGCCAUCCGUAGUACCUGCUAGUGGGGUUAAAUAAACAUUACACAUUAUAAUAAGAGGUUAAUAUAGUAAUAGGAGUGGUGGAGCACAAAGAUUUUGGCUCGCAUUUAUGGCGGAGAAUCCAAAUUCUAGAGUUGUAAUAACCACCGUGAGCAGCCCUUACCUGGAAUUCGGAAAUUCAAGCACAGGAACCCGGUGGUACGACAAGGAGUCGGUGCUGAAGGUGUCAGAAUACCUCAUCUAUGUGGAAGUUAUUUUGGGCCUGCUGGUAUGGGCACUGAUUGCAAGCACAGAGUAUUUCCGAUUUUCCCCAUUUGGAUGGGUGAUGUUUGUGACUGUCUUCUAUUGGCUUCUCACCCUCUUCCUCCUCAUCAUCAAACUGACCAAUGGACAAAUCCGACAAGUUCCCUGGACUAGAGUGGUUCUCAUUUUUAACUGCACUGCGGCUUUAUUGUACACGUCGGCCGCUAUUGUUGAGGCAACGCUGGUGAAUCGUGGGGUCAAAGGUCAUCAUGAUUUCAACUGUUGGGCGGCAUCCACGUUUUUUGCAUUCCUUGUAUCGCUGAGUUACGCUGGUAGUGCAUUCUUCAGUUACAAAUCCUGGUACAGAGGAGAUGACUAAAAUGUGCUGGACUGUAGUUUUUAAUUGAAUGUUAAAAUAUGACUCAUUCUUAUAUUGUUCAGGUAUGGACUAAACUUGAAAAAUAUUUAAUGAUGAUUGUCUUUUAUAUUAAAAAUAAAGAAAUGUACAACUUGCUCUGUAUGUAUUUGCAACUGUUCCACAAAUGCACACAUCUUUCUAAUGCACAAAAUAUAUUUUGAUAUCUUUUUCGGAUUUUAUGAGAACAUGGACAUGUAUAACUUGAAUGGAGUACAAUGGUUGUGAAUGAAUAGACAUAAUGUCUCACAUGCGUGCUUUAAAUGUACCUUUUAAUGUUGGUUCAUAUUUGCGUAAUCUAAAAGUAUGUUGAAAAUCAUCAUGAUGUUUGGACUUACGUGACUGACUUAUGAAAGCCUUGUUUUUAACAAAGCAUAAGUGCACCUCUAAUGUCAAAUUAAAGCUGUCAAUAUAUUUGUAUUUUUGAAAGCAGAUCUGAUUUAC